AGUCAUCCGUCUAAAACACUGAAAUUGAUGAACUUCCGGAUGUUUUCACAAUUAUAUGCUUCACACCAGCGGCUAUCUGAACUGCAUGUAUGUACAGGCAUCAUGUCGUCCAGCACUGCUCGAGAUCUCCAGGCACCAGCACUUAUUCUGAUGUUUCUACAUCUCAUACAGCUCAUAUCAUAUACACAUGCAGAUAAGAGUUUUGAAGAUGUGCGAUGCAAGUGCAUCUGUCCACCCUACCGAAACAUAAAUGGACAUAUCUACAAUAGGAAUGUGUCCCAGAAAGACUGUAACUGUCUGCAUGUGGUAGAGCCUAUGCCAGUGCCUGGCCAUGAUGUUGAGGCCUACUGCCUUCUCUGUGAGUGCAAGUAUGAAGAACGAAGCAGCAAUACAAUCAAGGUGACCAUUAUCAUCUACUUGUCAGUGGUAGGAGCUCUUUUGCUUUAUAUGCUUUUCCUGCUUCUAGUUGAUCCUCUGAUCCGCAAACGUGAUCCCUACAUCAUGCCACUGCAGAACGAGGAGGAUUCAGAGGAUGUGAGGCCUCGUGUGGAUGGUGAUCAAGGCCGUGGAAAUACGGUGCUCGAGAGGGUAGAGGGAGCACAGCAGCGCUGGAAGAAACAGGUCCAGGAGCAACGCAAGACUGUGUUUGACCGGCAUAAGCUGCUCAGCUAAGCCAUCAAGCUGAGUCAGACUCUGGUGAAAGGAAAUACCAGGCACCAUUGACAAAGAUAACAUGCAUGAUGGUCUUCGUAUUUCAAUGUUAUGAGCAUAACUUUUGUCAGUGGGCCUGAUGUCUGUGCAUUGUUAUUAUAAUCUUUCAAAGGCUGAUUUGAUUAUAUUCCACCUACAUAUUGAAGCUUGAGCUAAGAAAGCAGAAAGCAACAUGUUUGUUUAGAAUUCUAUGAAGUUGAUUUGCCAUCAUCUUGCACAUAAUUUAAUUAAUCAUUCACCUCAAGUUUGUCACACUGCAGUGAUUACCUUUACCUUCCUCAUCUAAUAGUUUAUGAGUGUUGUCCCUACUGUGCUUUAAAGUCACUUUGCAAAGGAAGAAAUUACCAUGCAAAGUAGUGUAAUUUGGGAACACUGAUGUAGAACUGUAAAUAAUCUUAAUAGUUGCACUUAUGAAUGUUUCACUACAAGUUACCAAGAAAAAUUUAUAGAAUGAGACCCAUUAUUGAGAAUUGGGUGUUUUUUAUUUAAUUUUAUUUUUUAUAUUGUUUACUAAUUUAAGGGUGGCACGUGUCGCAAGCAUAUAUCUUAAGUUACUUAUUGUAAUUAACUGACUUAAAAAUGUAUAUAUUCUUCAUAAUAGUAAUGACAUUAAGUCCAUAAGGGUCUUAGUUGUCAUUACCUUGAUCACGAAUGUAUUGUUUAUGUUAAAUAGGAAUAGUUCAAUCAUAUACUAUAAUAUAUUUGCAACGUUUUUGUUGUUGAUUGCUCUCUUUUGCAAACAUCCACUUCAAAAUGUGAAAGAUUUUUAGAACUUUUUAUUAGUAACUGUCUUUGCUUGACUAUCAUAUUUGCUGCUGUAACUGUCUUUUCCAGUUUGUAUCCAAACAUCUUGCAGCUAUUUUACAGCUGAAAAAUCCUUGCUUAUGUGAAAAUGCAUUACAACAUUAAAUAUACAGAAUGUUCUCAACAUGUGUACAAAUUUGUUUUAUCAAAUUCACCAUGCAAUAACAAGAAGAAGAAUCUUGUCAAGUUAUGACUGUAACCCAAAUUGAUGCUAUAAGCAUGAAUGAAAUGUGAAAUGGUGAGAUAAGCCUAUAUUUAGUUAGAAAACAUCCUUAACACCAAAUAUAUCUAAACUUUGGAUCCCGUAAAUAUUCCCUUCUGCUGUAUCAUAUACAACAAAUAAAAUAGCUUGUUAUAGCUCGAACAUCUCAA